ACGAGAACACACUAAGGUAGUAAUUAGCUCUCAUUUUCUGCCCUGCGAUGCUAGCAAUCUUACAUAAAUGUUUUAUGGAAGUGAGAUCUUCAUCCUCGUUCUCUAUCGUCUACUUUUAUUCAUGAAAUAAACUCGAAUAUCUCUCCAUACUCAUCUAGGUUACAUUGACUGGAUAGGGAUAUCGAUACUCACAAUUAGAUCAUCAUGCCUCUCAGGCCGUGGAAAACCAAGACUGAUGGCUUAGCCUCUGAGGUCGCCGUCGGUCCCGAAUUGACAACAUAUCCUGAUGGUCUCGAUCAUAAAAACGACGGCCAUAAUACAACCAUCAAUGACCCAUCGAUAUCAGUAGAUGAGAGACCGGUAGAGGAUGCUCAGCAUGGUGUUCAAGCGGUGGAAGCCGUUACUUUAGUUUGGACCAAAAAGCAAUUAUAUUUAGCAUACGCAUUGUAAGUUAUCAAUUAAGUCCGUCUUUCACGGAUCCCACAUAAUAAGAUUCUAAGAAACCUACAGUAUUUUCCUCGUCUUCUUCGUCGUCUCCAUGCAACAGCAGAUACAGAACAAUCUUUCGUACUACGUUACGUCUGAUUUUCUUCUCUUGCCUUUGACAGGUGCCACCAGCAUUGUAUCGAGCAUCGUUGGCGGUGUCUUCAGACUUCCAAUUGCCAAGUUUGUUGAUCUGAUUGGUCGCGCCGAAGGAUUUGCUAUCAUGAUUGCUUGUGCUACUAUAGGUAUUGUCACCCCACCUUUCGUGUCACGGUCAUUCUUGGCCGUUCUCGAUGUAACUAAUGAAAUGCAGGUCUAAUCAUGAUGGCUGCAUGCAGAAAUGUAGAAACCUAUGCUGCUGCACAAGUAAGUAAAAAUCGAACCAAUAAUUAUAUCUACUCUUGGUUACUAACAGAGCGACAGGUAUUCUAUUGGUUAGGAUUCGAUGGCAUGGCGUACGUCUUAGAUGUUUUCAUGGCCGAUACAUCGAGUUUGAAAAAUCGAGCUUUGGUUUUCGCUUUCUCAACUACUCCCUAUAUUGUAACGACCUGGAUUGGACCUCCCGCUGCACAGUCAUUCCUCCAGACCAGUGGAUGGCCAUGGGGAUUUGGUACUUUUGCUAUUAUCACCCCGGUGAUCUGCAUCCCGAUCCUCACACUCCUAUGGUGGAAUCAAGGUAAAGCUAAGAAGGCGGGUUUGAUCAAGAAGAUUGAUAGUGGUCGUACAUGGAGUGAAAGCAUCAGCUACUACUUCUGGGAAUUCGACGGUAAGCUAAUUUCACUUUCCACUUUCCGCAAAUUCGGGCCCUUAAUCUGACACAUCCCAGUGAUCGGUCUCCUCCUCAUCUCCGCCGGCUUCGCUCUCUUCCUCCUCCCCUUCUCCCUUGCCUCCUACCAAAAGCAAGGCUGGCAUUCCAGUAUGAUAAUCGCCAUGCUCGUCCUCGGCAUUGUAUGCCUCCUCGCCUUCGGCUUUUACGAACGCUACGGCGCGCGCAAAUCCUUCAUUCCCUUCGAGCUCCUCACCGACCGCACCGUCGUCGGGGCCUGCCUCUGCUCCGCCUUCUUCUUCAUCUCCUUCUACUGCUGGGACUCCUACUUCUACAACUACCUGCAAGCGGUGCACAAUCUCAGCGUUACGCACACGGGCUACGUAACCAACAUCUAUUCCAUCGGCUCCUGUUUCUGGGCCGUAGUAAUCUCCUACGCCAUCCGCGUCACGGGGCGUUUCAAAUGGCUGGCGCUGUACUUCGCUGUCCCCCUGCAAAUCCUAGGCGUAGGUCUCAUGAUCCAUUUCCGCCAGCCAGACCACCCUCUCGGAUACGUCAUCAUGUGUCAAAUCUUCAUUGCCUUUUCCGGGGGCACCAUCGUCAUCUGCGAACAAAUGGCCGUUAUGGCCGCUGCGCCCCACAAAGGUGUCGCAUCAAUGUUAGCACUAAUAGGGCUCUUCACAUCUGUAGGUGGCGCCAUCGGCGUCGCCAUCUCCGGAGCAAUCUACACGAAUAAAUUCCCGGCGGCGCUCGCGCAAAAAAUCACAGACGAAGCGCUAGCGGCACAGUUAUAUGGCAAUUUGACCGCGCAGCUACAGUAUCCUGUGGGAAGCAUGGAGAGAAACGCAGUAUGGUUCGCGUAUGGAGAGAGUAUGAAAUGGUUGGCGGUUGCAGGGACAGUGUUCCUGAUACCGUGUUUUGUGUUUGUGGGCAUGUGGAGGGAUUUUAAGGUUGAUGAGAUGAAGCAGGUUAAGGGAACUGUUGCUUAAAGAUAUGAGGGCUACUUUUCUUUCCAGGAAAGGGUGCGUGCCGAGCUUAGAGAUUGUUCUAUUCAAUGGAUUUAAAUGGUUUACUGGUCGCGUCUUUUCAGAUAUAUAUAUACCCCACUACAAUGAUAUGAUGUUUAAUACUUGCGAAAUGAUAAAAUAGAAAC